GAUUGUGUGGAGGCCGGUGACACCUAGCAGUCAUUUUGUAUCCAACCUUUUCAAGCUAGUCUUCCGUCUGCAAUGGUGCCGUUCGCUUAGAUAAGGCGAACGUGUUUUAAUUUGUACAUUUUAACAAAGAGGUCAAAAGUUAGCAUGGUGAAGUGCGCUGCAUCUCGUACCUCGUACACAAGUGUUUACCUUCUUUUAUCGUUCGCAAUCUCGCUGGUGUUUACAGGGUACACCAAUAGAGUGGAAAUUUCACCAAAGGUGCCAAAAAAGCUCUCUACGCCAAAAGAAAACCAGCCGGGAGAUGAUAUUCGAGGACCGGCCACAUUUCCAACGGUCACAGAACCGGACGAAGAAGGCGUAACAGAGGAGUCGCUUUCUGCUUACGAGCUUCGACGCCAGCAGCUGUUGGAGCAUCCGGAUAGUUUCAGUUCGGAUGAUCUAAAACCGCUUCGGGAGACACACAUCAACGUACUGCACGAGGCGAUCGAUGCGAAACUGAUCGAUCCGAGCUUCAUCCGCACGCUCGGCACCGUUUCGGAUCCUCCAAAGGUGCACGAUGCCACUCGGGACACGCUGACAAUUCGGUCGAUUGUGGAAGAUCUCAAUUUCACGCUUGGCGAGCGAGUCGUGCGUUGGAAGACUAUGAGUGCGAAAAACGUCGAUCGUCAUGUCGUUGUUGGGCUUACCGAUACCAGUUUGGUGGUGCUACUCGAACAGGAAGGUCAGUACAGCCUGGCCGAGGAGCUGGUCCUGGAGACGAAGCCAAUCGCGUUCGAGAUCCUGACGCUAUGGGACACGCACCGCACGUCGGCCGUCGGUUGUGUCGUGAUAUCGAUGGGCAACUUUCUCGUGUGGUACACGAUGCGCGAGGAGCAAGAGUACCGGCUGGACGAGGAGUGGCGUUGGCCGCUGCAUAAAACCAUCACGCAAAUUAAGUUCUUCCGACAGAAGGAGGUUGAUGCGCUGCUUCUCAUAGGGCGUCAUCCGAACCGGCACGAGUCCGUCUCCGCAACGGUGUACGAAUUCGCCUUCAACGAACGCCAGUUUUGGUUGAUGCAAAAGAUGGGACUCGAACAUCCAUGCCCAUCGGUAGGGCUUGUGCCGGCCGGUGACGAAUACCUGGUGGCGUUUCCGCAGAACUCCACCGUCCUGAUUUACACGUUCCGCGUUGGAGACCAGAACCGUAGGAAGUUCAAACCGGUUGGAAACUACAGCUCCGAGGCCCUGCGUUCGGUCGACGCGUUUCAGAUUGGACGGUACUCGUACAUUGCGAUCAGCGAGUCGCCUGCCGUGCUCCGCUACAAGCGGGGUCGAUUCUACGCGCAGGAGAUCCCCACCGAAUCGCUCGAGAUAGUGGAAGCGUUCUUCGAGAUACCGGCUCGGACGUUCCGCGACGACAUGAUCCUGCUGGUACAGCAUCGAAUGAUCUUUGCGACACACGAAAUUCAACGCCUCGAGGCGCUCGUCUGGAACGGGGUGUCGUUCGAUUUGGCUACCAACAUCCCGUGCAUGGUGGAGAACGAAGUGAUCGACAACGAGGUGAGCUGCAUGCUCGAUGUUGAUCGCACGGAUGGGCUGUUCGGUGGAACGAUUGUGCAGCGGGGAAAAUCCAUCUCGAUCAUUGUUCCGCGGCAUAAGGCGCAUUCUAGCCUUUAUCAUCUCACGAUCGAGUUACUUUCCGGUGAGCAUCCGAUAAUGAUGAAAAUCCAGGAGAUGAAGGAAACCAUGGAAGCAUUUACGAAAAUCAUCGAAUAUCAGAACGCCGUUAUCGAGCAGGCCCAAUCUUACGUUGCACUGAUGGAGGGCGACCCGGUGGUGUUGAAGCGGCAAAAUUUCAGCACACUCGAGACGCCACUCGUGGAGUUUUCGGAGGGGUACGAUCUCUCAGGAACAACGAUAAUGAUCGGACACAAUAACUGGCGGGAGGCGGACUUGCAGGUUGAUCUCGGCGCAACGGUCAAUAUGGUUCAGGAAAUCGAGCUGAGCGUCGAUGCGAUGCUGACCGAGCUGCAGCACAGCGUACGCAGAGAGGCCCGAUCGCACGAUCAGCAAAUCAAUGGAACCAUUCAGGUGCAGGGCAAGUUGUUUAUCGAUGGUGCUCUGCGUGCUGACGACAUGUACAUCCAACGGUUCGAGCAGCCUCCGGAAGACACUCAGACCCGGUUUACCCGAAAUGCAUCACAGGACGAUCCCGUUCAAGAGCUUUACGUAAAAGAUCUGGCGGUAGAGCAGCUUUACUUCGACUUCUUCAACGGCAUAUCGGCUGAAGACCUUGUGUACGAUGUAGACGGUAAGGUCGAGCUGGAAGGAGAGCUGGUCAUCGGUGGCGAUCUGUACACGGAUAGCGUCAUUCUGCCCGACGGAGGCACAGUGAAUGGGAUUGAUCUGAGCGAGUCACUGGUGUAUUUCAAUUGUAAAAACCGCCGAUGGAAAAAUUUGACACUCGACUCGCUGGAAGUAAUCGAUGAUGUGCACGUGGCGAAGGAAAUAAACGGGGCCCAGAUCGACCUGCACCGAGCGGAAAAAUCCCUCCGGAAUGCCAUCGACGAGCAAGGGCAAGUGCUGCGAAGUAAAACGCUGCACGUUGAAGGCGAUUUGACUUUCGAGCGCAUUAAUGGGAUUCCAUGGAAAACAUUUUUGGAUGGAUUAGUUUUCAAAAACCGACCGAUGCGUUUGAGCCAUCUGCAUGUAGAGGGAAAUGUAACGUUCGGUAGUCAAAUGAGUGUGGAGUUCUUAAACCGUUUGCGCUUUCCAGACGACUACGUGCUAAAGCAAGGACCGCGUGAAACGAUCAUUACUGGUCAAAAACAUUUCCUGGGAACGCUGACGAUGGACGCACUUGAUAUCGACGGUUUCGUGAACAACAUAAACCCGUUUGACUUCAUCACCCUACACGAUGAGCAAUACAUCCCAGGCAAUGUCACCUUCGAUUCGUUAGAGAUUGAAGACUCGCUUGACGUGCGGGGUGCCGUAAGGGGAAAACAGAUGGACAAAUUCCUAGAUAACCCAACGCUGUUGCAGACAAAAGUUUUGGAUGCCGCCUGUGAGUUCGACGAGGUGAUUGUAAAUGGUCCGAUAUACGUCGACCACCUCGAUGGGUACGAUCUAGAGCGGUACCUAAAGGACGUCGUAUAUAUUGAUGAACCGUACGUUGAGAUUAACGCUUCCAAGCACUAUCGAUAUCUUAAAUUCGAGGAGCCCAUCAGAGUGGAAUCGAACAUGCUCGGUGAUAUACACCUGGAGGAUCUGCUUACCAAGAGCACCGAUCAGACGUUGAACAUUAGCAUGGUCGUUGGCAAUGUGUUCUUCAAUCGAGUCCAGACGGAAGGUUUAUUCGCUGGCAUCAACGUUACCGAGUGGGAUACGAAUUCGAUCAAAAUUUUCGGUGAUCAACACACCGGCGCUACUUUGGAAUUCUGCCCGGAGUACUCCCUGCUGUACGCAAACAAUCUCGAGGUUGUUGGAACACUGAAUGGUGUACCUCGGUCCGGAUUCUAUGACAUGGACGAAGAAAUAGUCUUCCAGAAUCAAAUCGUUCACGUUAGCGAUCUGUAUGCAAACUAUUUGUCAUUGAAACGCACAACCAUCGAUAGCCCAACGAAUACGGUCAACGAUGUUCACCUACCCACGUUCGAAGCGGCCAGAUUCAGCCUAAGCCAACCGCAAGCGUUCGAAGAGGAUGUGUACAUUGACACUCUGUACGUUAGCAAAUCGUUCGUUGCGUACUUUCUGAACGGGAUCGAUCUGAAAUUACUGCAGGAACACGUGGAAACCUACCUCGACGACGAUCACAUGCUCAGCGGAAAGCAUGUUCUCGAGUCGUUACAUAUCGAGGGUAACGUUGACAUCGGCAUACUGAACGGCGUUGAGCUCGGUCGUUUUCUCGACAACGUUAUCUGGUUGGAUCGCCCGAAUGCGGUACCAGGAUCAUUGCACUUCCAAAACCCGUUGACAGUGGAGGGCGACGUAAUGCUCGAAGGAACGCUGAACGAGAUGCCGUUUAAAGAUUUUCUCGCAAACGUAGUGUACAAGACCGAUAACGACGUCGUGGAGAUCACCGGCUCGAAGCUGUUUCUAAAAGGAUUCGAUGUGCGGGGUGAUCUAAACACAUUAAUGGUGAACAAUAUGCUGGUCAAAGAUUUCGUCCUUAAAAACGAAUCAAUCGUUUUCCCCGGUAAUGUCGUCACGCUGGGUAGAAUUUAUGUGAAAGAGCUUGUCGUGUCCAGCACUAUCAACGGAAAAUCGUUUAAACCAGUCGAAGCGUACUACGCGUACGACAACACUACCGACACACACGUUAUUAAGGGAGAUCUUUACUUGGAAGGCCUACAACUGGUACACAAUCUAGAAGCGCUGGGUGGCUGGAAUGAGCUACAGAACGUGUCCCAUAAACUAUCGACCUUAGUACGCACGAACCAAGAUUACUUCUUCAAGGGACACUAUGUCUUACAAAACGAAUUGCACUUUAAACACGGCUUUACCACGGACUUUAUCAACGGAUACAACAUAUCGAACGUGCACAACGAAAUCGUUUACUACGACCAAACGGAACCGAUCGUGUUUAACGAACCGGUUGAGUUCUACGGCAGUGUUUGGGGGACCGCCUUACAGGUUGAAGGUCAUCUUAUUGGGCAGAACCUUGUGGGCAUUAAUCCGGACGAACUCGCGAACGAUGUUCUGCUAGUAAACAAAGAUUACGAAAUUGUUGAUACGAUGGUCUUCUUGCCUGGUACCUUCAAGUGUGAUCGUUUAAAUGCAACAUUUAUCAACAACCAACGAUCGCAUGAGCUAAUCACGCUGCAUACGGAGCAAACUAUUGAUCGUCCGGUUUAUGUUAAACAAAUGGUCGUCCAACAUCCGGUGCAAGUCGAAGGAGUUGUCAAUGGGCGGGAUCUUCGGGUCGAACGUCAGAACACCGUGAUGCGAUACGGAGAGCAAGUGAUCGAAACACCCACCGUCUUUAACACGAUAAGAGUUCUAAACACAAUGACGUUACCGAAGAUUCUGAAUGGUGUUCCAUUCGGUGAACCGGUGCUGCUGGGCGAAACUAUGAACAUCACGUCUCCGAUAAGCUUCUACCAGAUCUCUGCAGACGAAGUGUUCACGGAAGACACGAUCGGGGGCAUAAACUUUGAUUACUGGUACGACCAGACGCUCUGGGCCGAUGGGCGCGUCGAUCAGGAAUACUACGGCACGUUGCGAUCACGAAAGGCCAUCUUUCGCGAGGACAUCCUUGGCAAUGGUACAAUCAAUGGUAUGACGGUCCAGGAAAUAGCUCACCAUCUACAGGAAGAGAAAAAACUGGUGGAAGAUGAGCUGGCAAAACGGCGCAUAGCCUAUCGGGCCGCAUGUCAGCAGACGCAGACGGUCAUCAACGGGACGCAGCAGAGGAUGUACUUCUUUAACUACUUCGUGCAGCGGCAAACGAUCCACGAGGAAGGACCGAUUGAAUCGUUCUGGACGUUCCAGCAACAAGGUAGUCACUUCCUUGUGGUUAAUUUUGGAUGCGAGAGUAGAUUUUACCAGUGGAAUCCACAAGAUAGAGUAUUUGUGGCGCUGUUUCAGGUGCACACAGGAUACGUUUUCGAAUGGCAUACGGUUGCGCCCGACGACGACACCGUCCUGUUGGUUACCCGAUCGGCUCCGACGGAUACGGUUUGCAACGUAAAGGGUUUAUCUAUCUGGCGUUUUAAGGGUCUUUCGCUAGAGAUGAUGAAAAACUUGCCGGAGAUGGAUGUCGACGGUGCGUUUGUGGAUUCUCAAUUCCACGAUCGAUUCUAUGUGUUGGACAGAACGAACGUGUUUGAAUAUAACGCAUCCGGAGAGGUGUCGGAUCAGUGGAACUUGUCGCGUGUGUUCGAAACAGCCAGUUUUUUGCCAUCCUCACUCGGCGUCGGACUGGCACUGUCCGAUGGAAACCGUAUCGCUGUGCUGGCUCGCAAGGAACCAGAACCAGCGAUUCGUAGAAAACGUUCAAACGAAGAGCAACAGGUGAAUCUGGCACUGUUUACGACCCAGAUGAACAUGCACAACUACAUGCGAAAUUCCACGUACUACCGCACGGAUGACGAGCUUGUAGCCAGCGCGGAAUACUCUGAAGACCAUCCACUACUAACCCAACCGGAACCCUUAAACGAAAUUGGAUCAGUGCAGGAGAGCAACGAUACCGUCAUACAGACAACCGACACGUCACCUGAUCUGGAACCGAUCGACGAUCAUCACCAGCUGGAGCCGCGAAUAGCAAAGGAGGUACCACUGGGACGCAUCAGCACCACGGAAAACCAUCACUUCCCCGAUCCGACCGCGGGCGAAGUGCUUAGCUUCCACGUGGGUUUCCACGGGGAACCGAAGCGUCAUCUGGUCGCUGUCACGGAGGCGGUACAAACCGUCAUCAAGGGAAACCACGACUCCGUACGGAUCUACAGCGACAUUCUGCAGGGUCAUCUCUACCAGAUCAUCGCUUGCCAUCAGCCUACGCAACUGACGGUGUUGGAAAUACGGGACGAAACCAUACUGGCGUUCCUGGAGCAGCGGCAAAAGGUGCAACUGUACACCUACCGGGGCCGUAAAGGGUUCGUCCACUGGAACAGCUUCAAUCUGGCGUCACCGGGCGUUCAGAUGCGCCGCAUGCAGCUACCCCAGACGCCGUUUUUCAAGUGCAAGCUGCACUAUCUGGCCAUUGCGCUGAGCAGUCGGGAGUUGAUGUUCCUGAAGGCCAAAACGCAGGGCGAUUGUGGCAUCAAUCUGCAGCUGGAUUGUGGUACUGAGUAGGUCUGUUGUAUAGAGCACUUACUUGAACUUACAACAUUUGAAAAGUUGUAUUUUUGUCCUAGGUUUUUGUUAUUAAAUGUUAUUUUUUGUAAAAAAUAUAAAAAACGUUCACAUUUUUGUAA